AUGCCGCCUGUAUCUUCCACUCCUGAGCCUUCAAGACGCUACAUUCAAUGGAAGGAAGAAGACAUCGGACUUUUGCUCAAGGACCUGGAACAGCCAGGUCAUUACAACAAGUGGAAAGAGAACAAAUCUGGAUACUCAAAGCGAGUAGGAGAGCAAAUAUUCAAAAACAACAUGAAUCACGAAGCCAUCAAGUUCAAGGUGCGUUGGCUUGAAUCACGCUUUAAGCGAUGGGAUGAGCAGUUGACAUCUCCUAACGUUGAAGACGACCAAGUUCUCUUUAAUGAAAUACGAGAGAAAAUCUUUAAAGAAUUCCCAUAUUAUGAUCGCUGCAAGCCUAUAUUCAGCUCAAAUCCAACCACUGAUUCUCCUGUUGCACAGCAAGAUACUGCCCCUGCAGAGCAUGUUGAUAAUUCUCAUAGAUCAAGCCAAAAUGAAUUGACCAGCCUAAAACCUGAGCCUUCUAGAACGAGCACCUCUCCGCCUAGUAGAAUGGAGACGCCUUAUCCUCAUCCAUCGCGUGCUAAUCAACAACAUCAACUACCACAUCAAGGAGUAGAGGAGGAGGAAAGUGGAGGACAUAGACCGAUGUUCAUCGACAAUAACAAGAGAUUUGUCGGUGAAAAUGCCCCUGAAUCAUCUCAAAAGAAGAGGCGGUCAAAUCAACAAAACUUGGCUCGGCCCAUAGCAGUAUACCACCAACCAGCACCUUCGUUGCAACCUUUGAGUAAUCACCACAUUUCGAGAUAUAGACUUGGAGAUGUUGGCAUUUCGGAUGACAGUAGAGUCAAGUUUAUGGAAAUAGAGCUCGAACUCAAAAAAAUGGAUCACCAAGAACGUAUGCAAGAGAUGAAAUUGGAGCAAUUAAGAUUAGAGAUUGAAUUACAAAAAUUAAAGCGUGAUACACCAUUUGCACAAGCAUCAUCCUCCACCAUCAUGAACACUUCUGAAUGA